UUUCUCCCUAUUUUCCCAGUAUUGAAUCUUUGGGGGAGAGGAGGGAUCCUCUGCACAACUACGGCAGGAUAACCGCUGUACUUUUCGAGUAGAGCUGUUCGGGUCGAGCAGACGGCGGAGUCGGAGCGAGUCAAAAAUAGCUACCAAAGGCGAUUAGCUAUGACGGGAGGAAACACUGGGGCUCCGCGGGAAUCUACGUAAAAACAAGAGGAUGAGGAUUCCUCCGGUGUGGGCGCUGGGCGCUUGCCAGACUGGGUGAAGGCAGAUCCAAGAGCUGAAGAAAAACCCACCACCCGGGGCUGCAGAGUAGGACCUCCGUGCAGGUUCUCGCGGCCGUUGGCAAGGUGGAGCUUCCUGACCCAUGGAGAAUUACUUCCAAGCCGAGGCCUUCAACCUGGACAAGGUGCUGGACGAGUUCGAGCAGAACGAAGAUGAGACGGAUACGUCAAUUCUCUCGGACGCCAAGUGGACGCAGAUCCUGGCUCCGCCCGCCCACAUGCUGUCCCUGAACCCCGCUCUGGCCCACGCAGACAUCAGCCCCCGGGAGAGCCCGCUGCCCUUCAAGACCCUCCCCGACCCGUCCAGCGCCUCCUCAGGACCCGACCCCAAAAGGCAGGCGGGUCCUGAGCAUCCACCCUGGGCGGAGGAGAGGCCUGCGGACGUCCACAGCCCACCGCUCCCUCAGCCCAACAUCGGCAAGUUGGUGGGCGCCGACGACGUCUCACCAUGCGGCGUUGUGGAGAACGGCUGCACAGGAAGCCCACAGACCGGUUCUCCUGUUGAGGUCCAGCUUGGUAACGAGGAGGAACCUUCAUCAGUGGGCGGUGGAGGCUCUCGCUUCACGUUUGAGAUGGGAUUAGCAGAGGAACGGACUCUUUCUGAGGAUAAUCCUCCGCAUGUGACUCAAAAUGGAGGAGAGUUGAAAGAUGAGAACCCUUCUGCUGUUUUGCAGGACUUUGAGCAGGAAGGAAAAAGUUUAAAUUCGGAGGAGCUAAGAGGAAGUGUGAACGGGAGUCAGACUGUCCAGGUGGAGAUUGAGGAGGACAGUUUGUCUCUUCAUGGCAGGGACAGAGCGCAGGAGGAGGAGGAGGGGAGAAAAUGUGCUGAAAAUGGACAAACGGAGCAGAAAGUUAGAACAGAAAUCCUUCCUAACGGUCUGCAGAUGGAGAAUGGAAGUAGCUUAAAGGUCAACGAAGCGGAGGACACCGAGGACUUUUCUCCAUCUCCUGUCCCAUCCAAGGAGGACUCUGUGACCGAAGAGAAGGAGAUGGAAGAGAGCAAGCAGGAGCUGAGCGAAGGCGGGGCGGCCGGGUCCGGCGGCGUCCAAACGAAGCUGAGCAGCAGCCGGCUGCAGCCGGUCAGCGUUCCCUACGGAGGAGCGCGGCCCAAGCAGCCGGUCAGCCUCAAGCUGCAGAUCCCGCAGCCGCUGUCCGGCCAGGUCCAGAACCAGCUCGGCGCCAAGAACAAGAACAUGGACAGCAGCUGCCGCAGAGGCACGCCCACCGACCCGGCGCCAGGUGGGACGGGCCAGAGUUCGCUCAACGGAAACGGAGGAACCCGCUCUCCGUCGCUGACGGCGUCUGAGAGUCCCGACAACGACCUUCAAGCCGGGCAGCAGGGGGCGCUGUGCAGGAAGGCCGCCAGCUCGCUGGGAGAGGUGGCUCCUGUGUGGGUGCCCGACUCACAGGCCCCGGUCUGCAUGAAAUGCGACGUCAAGUUCACCUUCACCAAGAGGAGGCACCACUGCAGGGCCUGCGGCAAGGUGUUCUGUGCAGCGUGUUGCAGCCUGAAGUUCAAGCUGCUCUACAUGGACAGGAAGGAGGCCCGCGUUUGUGUCACCUGUCAUUCUGCCAUGACAAACGUUCAAUCAGCGGAGACGCCGGCUACUGCAGUGAAUCAGAGUCCGAACCCGAACAACCCGGCGGAGUACUGCUCCACCAUCCCCCCCCUGCAGCAGGCGCAGGCGUCCGGGGUCCUCAGCUCGCCGCCUCCCACUGUCAUGGUGCCCGUGGGAGUCCUGAAGCAAUCCGGCAAUGAAGGCUCCUUGUCGCGGGACCAGAGGAGGGUUUGGUUCGCCGACGGGGUUCUUCCAAACGGAGACGCAGCAGAAUCCUCCAAACCGCCGUCCUGCGGCUCGGCGUCCUCGCAAACACGGGUCGCCUCCACCUGCUCCAACAAGUCCGCCACGCUUGAGGCCUCAGAGGCGGCCCAGAACCCCGCUGCGCCGGCGGGCAGCCCCGUGGGCAGCUCACUCAGCCUGAUCCCGGAGGACGGGCUCCCUCCCAUCCUCAUCUCCACCGGAGUCAAAGGAGGUACGGGAGGCCACAUCACAGAUUACGCCGUGGAGGAGAGGCCGUCGGAGAUCGUCCUCAUGCAGCAGUUGGAGGAGGGCGGCCCGGACCCCCUGGUGUUCGUGCUCAAUGCUAACCUGCUAGCCAUGGUCAAGCUGGUCAACUAUGUCAAUAGGAAGUGCUGGUACGUGACGACGAAAGGCAUGCACGCCGUCGGCCAGGCCGAGGUCGUCAUUCUGCUCCAGUGUCUACCCGACGAGAAAACCAUCCCCAAAGAUGUCUUCACUCACUUUGUGCAGCUCUACCAAGAAGCCCUAAGCGGCAACGUGUUGAACCACCUGAGUCACUCGUUCUUCACCCAGAGCUUCCUGGGCAGCAAGGAGCACGGCGGCUUCCUCUACAUCAGCCCGUCCUUCCAGUCGCUGCAGGACCUGCUGCUGCCCAACCCGCCCUACCUCUUCGGCAUCCUCAUCCAGAAGUGGGAGACGCCGUGGGCCAAGGUCUUCCCGAUCCGCCUCAUGCUGCGGCUGGGAGCAGAGUACCGCUUUUAUCCGUGUCCACUGUUCAGCGUUCGCUUCAGGAAACCUCUGUUUGGAGAGACCGGGCACACCAUCAUGAAUCUGCUAGCAGAUUUCCGUAACUACCAGUACACUCUGCCGGUGGUGAAAGGUCUGGUUGUGGACAUGGAGGUGAGGAAGACGAGUAUCAAGAUCCCCAGCAAUCGAUACAACGAGCUGAUGAAGGCCAUGAAUAAGUCCAACGAGCACGUUCUGGCCAUGGGGGCGUGUUUCAACGAACGGGCCGACUCCCAUCUGGUGUGCGUCCAGAACGACGACGGGAACUACCAGACGCAGGCCAUCAGCAUCCAUCAUCAGCCGCGCAAAGUUACUGGAUCCUGCUUCUUUGUCUUCAGUGGUGCGUUGAAAGCCUCGUCCGGCUUCUUGGCUAAAACCAGCAUAGUAGAAGAUGGUGUGAUGAUCCAGAUCACAGCAGAGACCAUGGACUCUCUACGGCAAGCCCUGAGGGACAUGAAGGACUUCACCAUAACCUGCGGAAAGGCGGAGCAGGAGGAGAACCCGGAGCUCGUCCACAUCCUGUGGACCGAAGACGACCAGAACUUCAACAAGGGCGUCAUCAGCCCGAUCGACGGGAAAUCCAUGGAGUCCAUCACCAGCGUGAAGAUCUUCCACGGCUCCGAGUUUAAAGCCAACGGCAAAGUCAUCCGCUGGACCGAGGUGUUCUUCCUGCAGAGCGAGGACCAGCCCAGCGGGCUCAGCGACCCGGCCGACCACAGCCGGCUGGCGGAGAACGUGGCGCGGGCGUUCUGCAUGGCGCUGUGUCCGCACCUCAAGCUUCUGAAGGAGGACGGCAUGGCCAAGCUGGGCCUGAGGGUCACGCUGGACUCCGACCAGGUGGGUUACCUGGCAGGAAGUAAUGGCCAGCCCCUCCUCCCUCAGUACCUGAGCGACCUGGACAGCGCCCUGAUCCCCGUCAUCCACAGCGGGGCGUGUCAGCUGAGCGAAGGCCCCGUCCUCAUGGAGCUCGUCUUCUACAUCCUGGAGAUCAUCUCCUAGGAGACACAAACACUCGCAGACUUCUUCUUCUUUCUUUUUUUCCAGCACCAUCUCACAGCCUGGUCCUCCUCUCGUCUCCCUCCAACCGUUCGCACCUCAAAAAGAACCAGAAAACUGUGCCGGUCCGGCCCGGUCCGGUCCGGGUAGCAUUCCUCCAGUCCAACCUAUGCAUCCUCCGCCGCCUGCUUCCAUCCAGAGGUGAAGCUCAGAGCAGAGAGUCUGUCCUGACGCCACGCUCUGGCCUCCGAAGGGUUAAAGGUCGCCCUUCAAAUCUAAACAAGUUGGUGUCAAAACUUUUGUGCUGCAAAACUUCUCAUUGGUGUCGCUAUCAAUUUAAAGAUUUUAAUAAAUGUCGCCAGAGGUUUUAGUCCCCCUUCAAGUCGGACUAAAUCUUGAUGCCGAACAACUCGGCUGAAUUAGUGCAGCAAAAAUGUUACAUUUGCGCUGCUUUUGAUAUCUGAACGUUCAUUAACAGCUUCACAGCAAACGGUCAACAAGCCUCAGAUCCAACAUAACUGGUGCCGAACGUUUUGCUGCGUUUGUGCUGCAAACAUGUUCAUUUGUGAGGCUGUCAUUCUAAAGAUAAUAAAUGUUUCCAGAGGUCAUGAAAGGUCAACCAGCCCACUCCACCAACUUCCUCAAGACAGACUAAAUUUGAUGUCGAUCAACUUGACUACGUUUGUGCAGCAAAAGUUAAUUUGUGCUGCUUUUGCGUUGAAGAUAAUAAUAGAAGUUUAAAUGUCACAAGGUCAAGCCGUCUGCUUGACCUUGUGUUACCCAGACACAUAAUUUGUGUCAAAUGGUUUGUGCUUCAAUUAUUUACAUUUCGAAGAUAUUUCCAAAGGUCGACCAAGGUCAACCAUCUUCUUCCAAUCUGACAAAAAUAGCUGUAAAAUUUUGCAGAGGUCAUGAGAGGUCAGCCAGCCUCUCGCUCACAUUCACAAACUCAAACAAAUUUGAUAUUGAUGAUGACCUCUGACGACCCCGGGACCUCUUCUUUCUAUGUUUUUAAAAUGAUCGCGGCACAAACAAAAACGUUUGAGUCCCGCUGUGUUCGACCCGGAGAAGACGAACUUCACUCAGGUUCAACAAACUGAUCCGUCAGUUUUAUUAAAACUUAAAGAUGAACUGAUCCGUCAGUUAAAUGCUCGUUAGGCUCCAAUAAUUAGCUUUACUAAUCCAAAUAAAAAAACUUAAAAUCAGAUGCUAAAUUUUAUUAUUUCUCAUGAAAUCUAAAUUUAUUUUGUAGUAAUUUAUGUAAAAAUACGCAGUUAAAGUUUCCAAACAUAAACUAAUUUAAGUUUUGUUAGGAUUUUAUGUGAUGGACAAACACAAAGUAGAGCAUAAUUUCAUCAACUUCAUUUUUUGGCAAAAGCAAUUUUAAAAAAUUUGAAAUUUAUAGAAAUCUGAUGAUUUAGAAGUGAAAUCUGCCGGAUUUAAUAUUUUAAUCAGCAACUCAGCCUCUGGAUGCUUUACAGAGCCGUAAAGCUGCUGAUGUUUUGGACAUAAACAAAGAUUUCAUCUCUGCACAUCAGUUUUCACUGAAUUUAAGUCAGAAUCUGACUUUGACUGGGCCGUUUUGCCACAAUGUUUUUAGGUUCCAGGUUAAAGUCUCACUGCAAAAACAGAAUCCGACCAAAUCUGGCCCACCAUAAGUUACUAUGUGGCCCCCCCAAAACUCUGACAAGACAUAAGAAAAAAUAAUUGUGUGCUUAAAUAUUGUUUUAUCAAUACAGUUUUUAUUGUCAAUUUGUUCUAGUUUUUUAUGCAAAAAUCAAAAAAUUUUAUGCUCAUGCAUAAUUGUGAAGUUAUUGUACAUUUUCAGCAAAAAAAGUUUUUAAGUGACAACUUUCACCAGCAGGUGUCAGUAUUGUCUGUCUUUACUUUAUAUCCAGUUCCAGUAAUAUCUAGAAUAAGUGCAAAUAUUUCUAAAUUAGCAUUAAAAAAAUUUGCUUUCUGAUGUCAUAAAAAAAAAAUCACAAAACUCUGGAAGCAAAUAAAUAAACUUAAUAGAAGUGAGAUGACAUCAUGCAGGAUCAGUUGGAGGUUUUCAGCGUGGCUUUUUGGACAGACCCGACGGCUCCUCUGCUUCUUAUCGGACGUUUGCUCCGAUGUCACUGUGUCAGCCAGAUGAAGCGAUGCAUUCUGGGUAAAAACCUGCCUCUGUGUAGCACAGAUGCUGCUGAAGGAAUCGUUGGAGGUGGAGGACGGUGCGUUCAUGAGGAGAAGCGUUUUUGUUCUGUUUUUUUUUUUUGCACCAAGGUGCUCAGUGCCUGCAGUAGAGCGUCAUCAAGGGAAGAAGAUUCGUCAGCUUAACUUUAAGCUUUACUCAUCGUCACCAAAUUCUGCAUAGACUUGUAUAUAUUUUUUUAAAGAGCAGCCAUUUCUUCUGUGUCCUCUUACAAAACUUCUAAAAGUACUUCACGUUUCUUCAGCUGCAUCUCAUUUAGUCUUUUCAAAUCAUGCAAACAACUGUUAAAAAUUUAUAAAUAUAUACAGUAUAUAUAUAUAAAGAAAUAUAAAAACUAAUUGCAGAAGCAGUGCACUGGAGUCUAAGCCAUUUACGUUGAGCGCCGCGUUCUGGGAGGAAGAAGUUCAUUUCAGAAAUUCACUGACUGAUCCAAGGCUGAAUGUAUCUCCGCUCCGCGUUCUGCUUCCUUCCCAAAAAAAAAAAAAAAUCAAACAAA